CGACAUAUCGAAACGCGCUUUUUGCAGGCAACCGCGUGAACAGGUUGAAGUCCGCGAACGAAGGGUGCAAGCCACUGUACACAUGUAGGCCUUUUUUCACAUUUUCAGACAAGCCUUACACUGGACGCGCAGAAUGAGAAUGCAAUCAAGACUUAUCAUGUAUUCUCGAGUGUAAAUUGUAGGUAUACAUGUACAUGUUCGUUGUAGACAUGUAAGGGGUUUACCAUGGAUCCCCAACUGCAGAAUCCCAGCAUAUGUACUUCACCAUCAGAGGAGAAAGUUCAACUUCAAGGAACUGUUAAGCAAGAACAUGAGACUGACUAUGCACCUCUUUCAUGUAUGCUUGGUAUGGAGGAGUCGUCAGUAAGUACCAAAUCCAGAGAAACUCUGUCAUCUCACGAUGAAUGCAAAAUCAGCAAACUUCAAGAGGAAUGUGCACCUUGUAUUCCAUACGUUCUAUCAUCUCCAUCAAACACUGCACCAGUUACUACUCCUGCACAAGUUAAUGGUUGCAUUGUGAAUGUAAAACUGGAAAGUGACAACUGUCCUGCCGCUGUUGGUUCAGGGGAUACUAGUACAGUGUCCACUCCAAUGAUUCCAUGUUUGGAAGAUGUCUCUCAAGCAUGUCAAGAGAUCACCGGUGAUACUCUCAAUAGUGUAUCUAUGAUAAUGGAGAACUUACCACAGGACGGUGAAGAAUUAAGACUCGAUUCAGAAGAUACUGAAGAUUCAUCGGCGUCAUCUUCAUCGUCAGAUAGUGUGAGUGAAACAGAAGAAGAUAGCAGUUCUUCCUCUGAUUCAAGCUCUGAGGACUCAUCAAGUUCAGAUGAUGAAGGAUAUGUUCGCACCAAAAGGGCAAGUGAUAGCGAGGAAGAACAUUUGGAAUGUCUUUUGCCACCUCCCACAACUGCUAAAGAGGUGCUUAUCAAGGAUUUGCCACCAGUGCAGCCCGUUGAUAUUGUUCUUAAAGCAUCUGAAGAGUUAAAACCUGCCGGUGUUGUGUCAAGUAUCAUCGGUCAACUUGUUGUGAUUCAGUCAAACCUUGGUGUUGAAGUCCUGGAUUCUGACACAGUUUUGUUCCUUGAAGACAGAAAGGCAAUUGGAAUGAUAUUUGAAGUAUUUGGUCCAGUCAGUUGCCCUCUCUAUACCCUCCGAUUCAACAGUGUGAGUGACAUUAAGGAUCUCAAGAUUGAGUUACAGACGCAGGUGUUCUUUGCUCCCAAAAUCCAAAACAUGACAACAUACGUCUUCACUCAGCGGCUCAAACAGUUGAAAGGAUCUGAUGCAUCCUGGGAAAAUGAUGAGGAGCCUCCCCCUGAGUGCGUUGAAUUCAGUGACGAUGAAGAGGAACGUGCAGCAAAGAACAAGAAAAAGAAUGAGAAACGCAAGAGAAAAACUCCAAAUAAAAGUCGAGAUACCUCACAUGAUGUUACCAUGACAACUGACAAGAUCCAGACUACAGGGCAUCUUUUCCCAUCGGGUGAUCAUCACGGUUACCAUGAAUCAACUAGUCAUCGCAGAUCAAGAGGAGGGCCAACCUAUGGCAUGAGACCAAGAUUACAACAUUCAAGAGGGAGGGGCGUGCCACACCCACCCUUUAGACAUCCUCAUCAUCCAAGACCAAGGAUGGAUUUCUUCAGUUCACCUUGGCAUACUCCAACCUUCCAGCAACAGUGGUCAUCCUUUCAUUCAGAUCACGUUUCUGGAGUUCCAGCCUAUGUACUUUUUAAUAUGUGGGACGGUUUGCCAUGAAAGCCGAAGGUUCGUCCGUUUUCCCUCUUCCAAACAGCUGUGAAACGAGGUGAUGUACUGAUCAUCAGCCUGACCUGAACCUUGCAUUUGUCAUCUGAGACGCGUGUGGUGUUGAGUGUUCGUCUCGGGAAACCUCGGACGGCCCAUAAUGUAAACACUUGUAAUGUCCCUUAAGCAAAAGAUGCCCAACCACAUAAGUAGGCCUACUCUUUAACACUGCGUUGUUUUUCGUCGAACUGGUGGGAUUUCACACCCACUUCCUUAAUAUGUAAACUCGUUCAAUCUGGAGGUGGUAACGCCUUGUUUUUGCCACCUCGUGGCACCACAAAAUGUAACGGCUUGAGUUUUUUUUAAUGUGAUGUCGAUAUUGUGGAUAUAAUCACGUGCCACAGGCUGAUAUUGACGCUUUCAUCAAACUUCCAUAUAAACAAGCUUGUUUUGUUCUGUGAAAGUAUGUAACUUGGUGUUGCAACAAUUUGUUGUAUCAUGCAGUAUGAUUUAAAAUCGUGUGUUAGAUGAAAUGUUGAGUGCUCGUCUUUGCAUGAUACGAAACAAACCAAAGAUAGUGUCAAACUGUAUGAAAAGUGAUGUUUAACUUUUGUAGGCUUCUCUGGUGAAAUCGUGCUCUAUUCAACAGUCGACAGGGUACACUGCCCAUAAGUUCCCCCAUGUACGGCCUUUUGUAUUGAAAGCAUUUAUUUCCUAAUUAUUUGCCGUUUUCACAUAUCCUUUUUUCAGAGAAAAAGUAACUAAGCAAGCUGAUGUUAAUCUAGUAGGUGCGUCAAUUGGAUGUACCCGUUGAAAUGUUGAUUCCUGACAAACUGUCCAUUUUGCAGUCUCGUCACCUGGUUCCUAACUAACGCACCCCUCUUCCCCAUGCUAACAAUUUAAAACAGAAAGGGCCAGAACGCUGUCUGUCCAAGUCUGAUCGAUCUGAAUUGUUUUAGCCCAAGGUUGGUGGAUUUUGAAGCGAAAUCAUCGGAUAGUGCUGUUUAACCGCUUGGCCUGCACGUGCGUCAUCGGAACUGUCCGCUGUAGGGGCGAUAAUGAAGCGUAGGUUGGAUUUUAUUUAAAAUUCUGAAUAUUACUUGAGUCUUCCCUGCAGACGCCGUAACCUAACCCUUACAUUCCCAUCUGCACACGAUAUUUUUGACGUUUGCUUGUCAAUUUGAAAUUUUACAAUGAUAUGCUGGGAUUAUAAAGGAAAUCCUAGAGGAUUGAAAGUGAAACGUUAUUCACUGUUUCAGAUGUGGCGAUCUGUCCCGUUGUGCAAUUCGUAAAGGUAAAAGCUACCAACCCUGCCACUAAAAGGUGGCCUUUAUGUUUACCGGCAACUGUGCCAGUUAAGUUUCUCUGUAUGUACGACACUGUUUCGUAAUCAUGAUAAAAAAUGAAUUUCCCAUUUUCACAUGAACUUUACAGGUAUUCAUCUUAACAGACAUCACAUUACUAAGCUGUCCACUGAUAGAAGUUCAGAAGCUUAACAUUAUACAAAGUGACAUGAAGCGUACGUGUAUGCGGCCUGGCUUAAUAAGUACGAGCCAAUUAAUGACAAGUCAAAGGGGAUUUACAUCUCCUAACAGUGUUGUAAGAAUCUGGGAUUUUUAUUAAUUUAUUUAUUCUGGUUUUGUCAAUUCAAAUAUACAGGCUAGGCAGCCACAUCAGGGUCGCUGAUAAAACCAAAUUUACAAUAAUCUAAAGGCAUUGCAUAUCAGUGAAAGGGAAUAUAAAAUGAUAAGAGUAUGGAAAAUGGUUCAUAAUUUUUAAAAAGUAAAAAUAAAAUUGUGAAAAAAUUAAGUGAUAAAUCUAUGUUUACCAAACAGAGAAAAAAAUUGUGAAGACAGUUCAUUCAGGACAGUUGGUGAAAUGACAGAUUCUCACUCCCACAUACGAGUAAAAAUAUUACGAAUUACAAAAGUUUAGCUAAAACUGGAAUUGUAGAUUUCAUGUAUCUAUCAGUUUUACACUUUGGUACAACAAGUGUAGUCGUAAAUAAGACUUGAGGCUAUGCAUGGCGAAAGUACUAACUAUGUGAAGUUUGCGGUGACACCAUGUAGUAAGUGUAGUCGUAGAACUGUCUCUGAGUAUUCUGAGUCUCUGGUAGUUGCGUUGUUCAAUUUAAGGGGUGGAAGAAUAUUUCUGAAUCUGGGGGAUUCAAAAAGUUUCGUACCAAAGUUUUACAGUAAGGUAUCCCUUCUAGUUUCAAGACUAGAAAUAUCUAAUACAUCCAGGGCAAUGGAGUAGCUGUGAUACUGACGAGGGCCUAAUAUAAUACGACAUGGACGUUUUUGUACAUUUUCAAUUGUAUUAACCAGUUGUUUACUUAUUGAGGUAUGCCAGACUGGGCUUACUCUAAAACUUGUCUAAUGUAGCAUGUAAAGACCGAGAUUGAGUCAGCCGAGUAAGCAUCAUAUUUCUUUAAAAUACACAAGGUAAAUAAUCUUCGAGGGGCUCCAGAGAUAAUAUUAGCAACAUGCAUGUCCCAAUUAAAUUCACUCUGAAUUGUGACUCCCAAAAGUUUCAUGUGAUUAACCUUGGUUAGCGAUAUAUUAUUAAGGGUAAACAUUGGGUUGGGCAUAACGCGUCGAAGAAAACUGAUCAUCAUUACUUGGCAUUUAACAGGUUUGGGGAGAAAACCUUGGACCAUUCUGAAAGAUCAUCAAGAUGGGAUUGAAGUUGAGCAUUUUCACCAUUUUGAUUAAAUCCCCGAGGGUCUUCCAAUAGCAGCAUCGUUAACUAGGACCAGAAAUAUUAUAGAACCUAACUUAGUUCUCUGCGGAACGCCGCAACCAAUAGUUUUGACAGAAGAAGUGUAAUUAGCAAGUUUGGUAUUUUUUGUUGCGAUUAGAAAGGAAGCUACAGACAGUUGGAAUAAUUGAGCGUCUAACCCCAAGGUUAAUAAGUUUCUUGAUAAUAAUAUUAUGGUUGACGGGAUCAAAGGCUUUGGUGAUGGCAAUCGCAGCUAGAUACGCAUAAUGAUUGGGUUUGCCAAGUCCCUCAUAUACAGAGUUUAACAUAUCUACUAGAUAAUGAGUGGUAGAGCUGCCCUUAAUGUUACCCUAUUGCUUUGGAUCAAGUUUGACAGAAAUAUCGUAAAAAAUGUAUUUGGCAAUAAAUGAUUCAAAAAUUCGAGCUAAUACCGGUGUCAAAGAGAUAGGUCCUUUAAAGAAUCUUGUAAAGGGCUGCUCUGUGCAAUAGGUGACUUUCCCAGAUCCUUUUUAAUGGCGUACUUAGAAGGUUGCGUGACUCGUGAUUCUAGAGUACUUGUCUGGGUCUAUGCCUAUCCAGAAAACGCCCGUCUCUUCAACCCUUGUCCACAGUUCCGCUGUGUGGUCUGCGUGCAUGGUCCCAACAUACAUUUUCAUUGCCUUUUUUGUAUCCAUCAGACGUUGAAACACACCUCCUUUUUAACUAUAAUGCAUUCAGUUUUAUUUCAGUUAAGAGCAUCAUGCUAUCUCCUUUUAGUCAAGGUGGCCAGCCUGGCAGAGUGCUUUGGCAAAUACCUAAUCCGUCACUCAAAGCGUCAUUGCCUGCAAACAGUGACGUCAUCAUAUUUCUAAGAGACUCAAGCAUAGUGCAUUUGGAGGGGUUUGGUUUGAUCCUGCGUGUAUGAUUUGGUGUGAUUAGGUUACGCCGCCGCGGGUGUGAGCUUAUGUUGAUGAAGGUAUUACCAAUCAUGAUAUCAAAGGCUGGAGAUUACAUCUUGUAAUGGUUUUUUUUCACGGAAGAGUUGAUAGACCUUCACUUUAAGCUCACUUAAUACCGAGGAAACAGUUUGGCGCCUGAAAUCAUUUUUGGGGCAUCUUGUGUUUAUGUUUACAUUUAGGUGUUUUAUACAUGUAGAUAGGCCUAUCGUGAGUACAGUAUGACAUUGACAAAACACUCCUUCUGGCACAGUGCCUGAAUCAUGAAUUUCAACAGUUACAUGAACUUAAUAAAUAUACUAUGCUUGGUAAGGUUUCUUUGUUGAUAUUUUCAAUUUGAGCUCAGAGUACUUUGUAAUAUUCUUCCAGAGACUAAUUUUAUAAAAUCAAACAUGUUCUUUUCAUGUUAUCUUGACUGGGAGUUAUUUGUCGUGUUUGUUCGAUACGAGCGACAAGGGUGUGACUGUAAAUCACAAGAUAGUGCCGAGAUGGAACUGUCAUGCCCAUUGCAAAGCUGUUGAUCGAGUUGCAAGAUACACACGGCUGAAAUCUAAACACCGAAUAGUCAUCGGAAGACUAAUGCUCCAACAACCACAGAGUUCACCGAAGUGGAAGUACGUUUCAAAACAAUUACUAACCAUUACUAAAACCAUAUCGAGUAUCCAGUUUUCCAAAUUCACUCCGUCACGAAAUUUUGUUUGCCUCGUGAAAGAGUCGUGACAGCUGGAUUUCAAACCAACACCUUUAAGUAGAAGCAACUAAAUAAGGUCACGCGUCUGGCUUUCCAACACUCUUCAGCUCUCUAGGGAUUUAAUGUCAGCAUCAGUUGCUAAAACACAGUGCAUUUACGGAUUGUUUUUUGUCUUCUUGAUCUGCAAUGCAUUUAUCGAUGGUCUUGGGAAGGAAGAUUGACUGUGUAUAUAAGUAUUUUCUUUAUGUAGGCGGUCUUUUCCUUUAUGUGUCUUAAACUUAAUUUCUGUUCAUCGCAAUUCCGUAGUCUGUUGAUCAAAUAUUCCCGACGUCAGUCUUAAUAUCUCAUUGAUUUUCCACCCCAUGUGUUACCUUGGUCGAUUCUGUAUGUACAACACUCUUUGCUUCGUAAUCUGCGCCCCUGGUUCACCUUUCAUCUUUUAGGCCUAUGGCAUAUUUUCAUAUUGAGCUAUGGUUGGGUCGUUAAAUCCUAGUCACUAGAAUUAAGGCCUUAUUACAUCACACGAAUUUCGUUUACUCACCCCCCCAACAAAUCAGGGCAUCACUGACGUCAUAAAUCCCAUUGGCUGUUGUCUCCUUGCCAUUUUCCUCAAGUAUUAUAGCUAGUCUUUCCUCGUGUCUUCUUAUGUCAGCCUGUCUGCAUGUAGGCCUAAGUGCUGGUCUCUUUUCGUGUCUAUGUGGUGCCUUAUUCAUGUAUG